AUGGCCAACCCCCCUCAUGGUGGUGUCCUCAAGGACCUGCUCGCCCGCGAUGCCCCUCGCCAGGCUGAGCUCGAGGCUGAGGCCGAGACCCUGACGGCUGUCAUUCUGACCGAGCGCCAGCUCUGCGAUCUCGAGUUGAUCCUGAACGGUGGCUUCUCUCCUCUCGAAGGUUUCAUGAACGAGAAGGACUACAAUGGAGUCGUCAAGGAGAACCGCCUCGAGAAUGGCAUCCUCUUUUCCAUGCCCAUCACCUUGGAUCUGUCCAAAUCCGAGAUCGAAGAGCUUGCCCUCAAGCCUGGCAAGAGGGUCGCCCUGAGAGACUUCCGUGAUGACCGCAACCUGGCCAUCAUGACUAUUGAGGACAUUUACAAGCCUGACAAGGUCCUCGAGGCCAAGGAGGUCUUUGGCGACAACGACGAGGCUCACCCUGCCGUCAAGUACCUCCACCAUACAGCUGGCGAGUACUACGUCGGUGGUAAGCUGGAGGCUGUCAACCGCCUGCAGCACUAUGAUUUUGUCGACCUACGAUACACCCCUGCUGAGAUCCGUCUGCACUUCGACAAGCUGGGCUGGACUCGUGUCGUCGCCUUCCAGACGCGUAACCCCAUGCAUCGUGCUCACCGUGAGCUGACAGUCCGCGCUGCCCGCUCCCACCACGCCAACGUGCUCAUUCACCCCGUCGUCGGCCUGACCAAGCCCGGCGAUAUUGACCACUUCACCCGCGUGCGUGUCUACAAGGCCCUCCUCCCCAGAUACCCCAACGGCAUGGCCGUCCUGGGCCUGCUGCCCCUGGCCAUGCGCAUGGGAGGUCCCCGCGAGGCCAUCUGGCACGCCAUCAUCCGCAAGAACCACGGUGCUACGCACUUCAUCGUCGGCCGUGACCACGCCGGCCCCGGCAAGAACAGCAAGGGCACCGACUUCUACGGCCCCUACGACGCCCAGUACGCCGUUGAGAAGUACCGCGACGAGCUGGGCAUCGAGGUCGUGCCCUUCCAGAUGAUGACGUACCUGCCCGACAGCGACGAGUACGCGCCCGUCGACACCAUUCCCAAGGACGUGCGCACUCUGAACAUCUCGGGCACCGAGCUCCGAUCCAGGCUCCGCAGCGGCCGCGACAUCCCCGAGUGGUUCUCAUACCCCGAGGUCGUCAAGGUGCUGCGCGAGUCACACCCGCCCAGGUCGCAGCAGGGCUUCACUGUCUUCUUGACGGGCUACAUGAACUCUGGCAAGGACCAGAUCGCCCGUGCCCUGCAGGUCACCCUCAACCAGCAGGGCGGCCGGUCCGUCUCCAUGCUGCUGGGCGAGACGGCCGCCGCCACGCCCGCGAGCUCGUCGAGAAGUACGGUGACUUCUACCUUGUGCACGUCGCCACCUCUCUCGAGCAGUGCGAGAAGACCGACAAGCGCGGCAUCUACCAGGCCGCCCGCGCCGGCAAGAUCAAGGGCUUCACUGGUGUUGAUGACCCUUACGAGGCCCCCUCCAAGCCUGACCUGGUUGUUGAUGCCGAGAAGCAGAGCGUGCGGUCCAUUGUUCACCAGAUCGUGCUGUUGCUCGAGAGCCAGGGUCUCCUGGACCGCUUCUAA